ACUUGUUCAAAUUUCCGAAAAUAUAUAUUUAUGGCAACUGUGCAGUAUUUUGUCUACGCAUUCUAACUAAAAUGUCAUAGUUGUAUACAAUUAUAUUUUCUAAAAACUUGUCAAAUGGGCAAUGCAUAGGGAAACAAACAAAAAUUUACACACAGAAAUUUACACGCCAGUCUCAUUUAUGGAACACUUUUGCAGAGCGCUACACCCACAACUCGAUUUGAGUACGACAUGUGUCACGUGGUUUCGGCAGGCCACCGAACACUGUACUGAAUUGAUUUUGCAGAAGAGACGUGGACCUGCCUUCUGGACGACGCUGAAGAAUUUCAUCUUCCCCAAUCGUCAAACAUCUUUGCUCAACCAAAAGAUACCGAUCAGCAUACAUCCGAAUCGUUUAUCGGUUAGCGAUUGUCAUGCGCUCUUUCUCGACAUCGUCAAUGAUUAUGUGGAACGCGCGCCACGCUAUUCCAUCGAAGCGGCCACCAAUGCGUUGCUCUGGCAAAUACUCUAUUCGCUGAUGGGUAUUAUGGCGCUCGGCACGCUGCUGGUCACCACAAUAUUCGCAUACCGCAAGUUAGGUCAAUCGUUGGAGAAACCACUCGAUCCGCUCACUGCGGCGUUUAUGCCCGAGAAACGUGCUGCCGCCUAUAUCAAUCACAAUCUGCGCGUGCUGAAAUAUGAGUUGCAACGAUUGCGCGUACGACACAUCAUACAACCCGAAGAGGUGCUCUCACCAGAUGGCACCAUCACGUUAGUCAUGAAAGUCGCGUCGAAGUUGAACUUCGUGAACGGUAUUAUCGGUAGUCACACGCACUGUAGUGGACGUUUAUUUCGUCUACAAGAAAUGAACUCCACGAUAAAGACUGAUUACAAAUCCGAAACAAUAGCGAAAAUGAUGAACUUCAUGAAUAACUACUCGCGUAAAUUGCAUCUGUUGGUGAUCUUCGAAGAGGAUCCGCUCUAUGAGGAGUUGAUGCGACGUCGUCGCACGAAUCCCCUGAAAACUAGUUCACCACUAUCGCUCUCGACUGUGAACAGCAAGAAGAGCUGUGGUGGCUUCUCGACGCGCAGCAUUGUAUCGCGUUCCUCGAGUCCGCCGAAAGGUAAAGUAACGAGUCCGCGUCCACCCACGCAAAUACCACGCAAUCUCUCACGGCGCGCGUCAACUUUAACACUGAGAAAGUAGUUUGAGAAUAGAUGGCGCUGCAGGGUUGUGUUUAUCUGUAUUAUGCAUGGAUAUAUAUGAAAAAGACCAAGUUAAUGAGUUUUUACGCAAUUUAUUUAUUGCCUGAUUGCUGUACUUACAAGAAAUCGAAAAUUUGUUGUAAUCAUUCACGUUUUUAGCAAAUAUUCGUAAAUAUUCAAAAUACAUAAAUUGCUUAAAUACUACAACAAAAAAUAUAUAUAUAUAAAAUAGCAUUUUAAAUUACCAAA